AAACAAUCAAUAUGGCUACAUCUUACUUUAAAUUUCUUGACAGCCUAGUCUAGUGGAUAAGUGAAUAUAUUUAUUUUGGUCAUGAACUGUUAAGGAGGAGAUUUGUUUUGGAUCUAUAUAUUUUUCAAAGACUGAUAAAAUAUUGAGAGACUUUAAAGAAAAUGGCAUCUUCCCACCCUGGGAGUGCUCAGAGCCGGACUAGUUCAUUGGGGUCAGCCAGUUCUCGGAGUUCAAGCACACCACCCUCUAGUGCAGGGAAACGUGUGGGGCCACAGAACAAGAAACCUGCAGCAGACGCCAAAAUGACCACUGCAUCAAGAACUCAAAAGCCUUCAGAUAGGCUGAAUCCAAAAACCAUAGACCCGUUUUCUGCAGGUUCAAAAAGCCAAUCAGCUUUUGCAUCAGUGUAUGCAAAUGGAGGGGUGCCUUGCAGAUUAGUCCAUGGCAGUGUCAAGCAUAAAUUAGCAUGGGACACGCCCCCUGACCUUGUACCAUUUGAUCCUGUUUUAGUCACUUUAGCUGAGGGCCUGAAGGAAACAGUCCACCCAUACACAUUUGUUUCCUUCAUGGGCUUCAAAGAGUUGCUGGAUGCACCAGGGGCUGCCCAGAAGGCCACGCCUCUCCUGCCAAAGUUGGCCCCGCCCAUCAGAGCUGCCUUAAGCCACCCAGACAGUGAAGUGUUUGAGCGUGGCAUGGAGUGUCUGCUUCGUCUUAGCUCUGUUGUUGGACCUGCCCUAAAUGCUUACCUGAAAACAUUUUUAAUGGCACUGUCUAAGAGAAUCAUGGAGAAAAAGUAUAAAGAAAAAGUUACAGAAUCCUUACAGCAUUUGGAACAGAAUGGGGGGAAGGAAGUGUUGCCUAUUAUUAAAUCCAAGGUGCCAACUUACUGUUCAAUAUUUGGAUGAGCUGGUGUUGCACUUUCCUAUGUUAUAUCUUGUGGUAAUUAGACUGUCCAGCAAUUCUGUGAUAUUUCUUCUCAGUUUUAUAAGCUUUCGUCUUCCUUGUUAAACAUUUUCACACAUCAAAUCUCUGCAGUAUUCAUGUUUUUUUUUUUCCAGGUUUUCUGUUUAUGUCUAUCAAAGUAUAAUCUAGAGCUAAUUAUUUCUUCAAUUACUCUACAGCAAUUAAACCAUAGAAAACGCAAACAUUUUUAUAAUUCUGCAAGUCAUCAGAUAGCUACCUAGAUUAAUUACUUUGGAUAUAAAGAGUACUGAGAUUGUUUCAAGGGAAACAACUUAUGUAGGUUUUACUAGUUUAGUUGUCUAUCUUGUUCACAUAUUAUAAAAGAUGUGAACCAACUACUUGGAUAUAAUUUGCUUUUUAACUAGGGUACUCACACGACUCAUAUUUGAUUGGAUUAGCCAAUCACAUGACUCUCAUUUUAUUGGUUAGCCAAUCACAUGACUCUCAUUUGAUUGGAUUAGCCAAUCACAUGUGAACUGCUGAAAUGUCGAACAGGAUGUGGACAAGAAAUGUAAUGUUGCAUUUUUUUGUUAUUGAUAAUUUAAAUAAAUAGAAACAAUAAAACUUCAUUCAUGGAGUAAUCAAAUGACAAGUUGGAGUGGAGUUGGAGAUUGACCAACAACUUAGGCAAUUGAAACAUGAUUCUAUUUGUAGACAGCUAUUAGCAUUAUGAUAAUUUGUAUUUUCUUGUGUGUGUGUGAAUUUUCUAGAGUUGUGUGUGUGAAUUUUGCUACUCUCACAUUUACUCUGUGCUAUCAACAAAAGUUAUCUCCCUGUAAUUUACUUGGUGCUGUCUACAAAAGUUGUCUCCCUGUACUAAUGUCUGGUUGACAACCCACAUUUUUGACAUUAAAGUAACUUGAGUAACUCAUAUUAUUUUAUAUUAGGGGGUCUUCUAUUAGUGCAGUCUCUCUGAUGGGGGGAAAGGACUAGGAAAUGUAACAAUAAUAUAAAUUAAACAUUCCUUAGUAUCAAAAAUUGA